AUGCCACCACAGACCGUGUCAUCUUUCCAAGCGCGCAUUUACGGGGUGGAAAAACUCGACGGUUACACCCCAUACUUAUUUGAAAAUAUAUUUAGCGAGAAGACGAUCGGCAAUGGUGCCAUGUCAUUUUCAGGAGCUUCUCAUCCAGGCCAGAAAGAGGAUCAACCGAUGGCUGUUGUAUGCAAUCCUUUCGAACUGUCUACCAUGUCACCGAGAGUACUGCGGCCACCUCAGUUUCGUCAUCACGAGAGAACUAAAUCUCCGAACGUUUUCUUCGCUCCUUCCACGAAGUCGGGGGAGCAGGAAAAAAGAGUUGUACCACAUUACAUCUAUUAUCGUAAAUACGUCAAAGGUGGCCCUACUGGCUCAACUUACGCUAUUUACAAUGAUGAUCAAUCCAUCUGCCGCCUAGAGGUGAAGUCCAUCACACCCCCUCAUACGGCUGGGUCCCUCAGGCAAAAUUUGCACAAAAUUGAGAGUACCCCGUCUACUAAUUCGCGUCUGCUCAUAUCGAUCUGGAGCCAGGAGUUCUGUGACAACUCUUAUCGUCUUGACCUCUCAGGGGAUACGUAUCCAGGAUCAUCUGAGCAUGAUCCAGUCGUCUUGUCUCUUGAUCUCGUAGGGGGAAUGAACUCAAAGGUUCUCGAUGAGCAGAUGAUGCAAGUGUCUGGUGCACCACCCAAGGUUGCCUUCGUCCAUUAUCGCCUAUUCUCAGAAGAUGGCGAGUUCGCAUCGAAACGGUCCUUCGAUAAAGAGGACCCCCCGCUGGGCCGCAUCAAUGUCCUCACUCUCAGACCCCCACAUACCGUUAACUCUCUCAAGAUGUGCAUUGCGUGUCAGGAAGGCCUCACGCCCGUAACUGAUGAGAUGCCAAACGUGCAACUUUUUGCAAAUUUGUUCAGUCGGGAUCCAAUGGCCGAUGGUCCAAUAUUAUUUUAUGAGGGAGCUUACCCAGGGUGCGAAGAGGGCGAACCGAUUGCGCUUGUCUACAAAAAAGAUGAGCGGGCCUGA